AUCAACCUUUUCCUAUAAAUACCCAUAUAUCCAUCGUAAGUUUGUAACAGACCAUAAGCAACAACAGCCAUGGCCAUACAUAAAUCUCUCUCCCUCGCUUUUCUCCUCUUUUUCCUACCCUUUCUUUCUUCUUCCCAUGCAACAAUAUCAUCUGCAACAGCAGGACUGCCAGAAGCAGAGGCUCUCCUGAAAUGGAAAGCCAGCCUCUCACCAGCACAAGCUCUCCACUCAUGGUCACUUCCUGCUACUAAUGCCAGCACCAACACCCUAUCUCCAUGCAAAUGGACUGGGAUCUCAUGCAACAGCCUUGAAAGUGUAACCGAGAUAAGCCUACCGAGUGCAGGCUUGCAAGGUAAGCUCGACAACUUGAGCUUCCCCUCAUUUCCAAACCUCCUUCAUCUCAAUCUCAGUGGCAACACUCUCACUGGUACCAUCCCAGCUCAUAUUGGCGCUCUUUAUAAACUCACAUCGCUCAAUCUGUCUGCAAAUAGUAUAAGUGGAUCAAUACCCCUAGAUAUAGGGAAUCUUGUGAAUUUGAAUGAGCUAGACUUGUCCACUAACCACCUAGAUGCUUCUAUCCCUUCCACUUUAGGGAACUUGUCAAAGCUUUCCAUCUUGUACCUGGACCAAAAUCGAAUCUCUGCCUCCAUUCCUCCACAAAUUGGGAAUCUAAAAGAUCUAGUUCAUUUGUCAUUGUUCCAGAACAAUCUGACCGGUCCAAUUCCUCCUGCUUUGGGUAAUUUGAGAAACCUUACAGAGUUGCUCCUCUACCGCAAUCAAAUUUCUGGUUCAAUUCCUCCACAAUUUGGGAAUUUAAUGAAUCUCAACAUUCUUGAUCUGUCCAAUAACAUUCUAACAGGUUCUAUCCCUUCCACUUUAGGGAACUUGACAAAGCUGACAGUCCUCUUCCUCAUUCAAAAUCAAAUUUCUGGUUCUAUUCCUCCAGAACUUGGGAAUUUAAUGAGUCUCAAUAAGUUAGCAUUGUACGGUAACAAUCUGACUGGUCCCAUCCCUCCUGCUUUGGGUAAUUUGAGAAACCUUACAGAGUUGCUCCUCUACCGCAAUCAAAUUUCUGGUUCAAUUCCUCCACAAUUUGGGAAUUUAAUGAAUCUCAACAUUCUUGAUCUGUCCAAUAACAUUCUAACAGGUUCUAUCCCUUCCACUUUAUGGAACUUGACAAAGCUGACAGUCCUCUUGCUCAUUCAAAAUCAAAUUUCUGGUUCUAUUCCUCCAGAACUUGGGAAUUUAAUGAGUCUCAAUAAGUUAGCAUUGUACCGUAACAAUCUGACUGGUCCCAUCCCUCCUGCUUUGGGUAAUUUGAGAAACCUUACAGAGUUGCUCCUCUACCGCAAUCAAAUUUCUGGUUCAAUUCCUCCACAAUUUGGGAAUUUAAUGAAUCUCAACAUUCUUGAUCUGUCCAAUAACAUUCUAACAGGUUCUAUCCCUUCCACUUUAGGGAACUUGACAAAGCUGACAGUCCUCUUCCUCAUUCAAAAUCAAAUUUCUGGUUCUAUUCCUCCAGAACUUGGGAAUUUAAUGAGUCUCAAUAAGUUAGCAUUGUACGGUAACAAUCUGACUGGUCCCAUCCCUCCUGCUUUGGGUAAUUUGAGAAACCUUACAAAGUUGCUCCUCUACCGCAAUCAAAUUUCUGGUUCAAUUCCUCCACAAUUUGGGAAUUUAAUGAAUCUCAACACUCUUGAUCUGUCCAAUAACAUUCUAACAGGUUCUAUCCCUUCCACUUUAGGGAACUUGACAAAGCUGACAGUCCUCUUCCUCAUUCAAAAUCAAAUUUCUGGUUCUAUUCCUCCAGAACUCGGGAAUUUAAUGAGUCUCAAUGAGUUAGCAUUGUACCGUAACAAUCUGACUGGUUCUAUCCCUUCCACUUUAGGGAACUUGACAAAGCUGACAGUCCUCGGCCUCAUUCAAAAUCAAAUUUCUGGUUCUAUUCCUCCGGAACUCGGGAAUUUAAUGAGUCUCAAUAUUUUAGCAUUGUACCGUAACAAUCUGACUGGUUCAAUUCCUCCUGCUUUGGGUAAUUUGAGAAACCUUACACGGUUGUUCCUCUACAGGAAUCAAAUUUCUGGUUCAAUUCAUCCAAAAUUUGGGAAUUUAAUGAAUCUCGAUAAUCUUGAUCUGUCUGAUAACAUUCUAACAGGUUCUAUCCCUUCCACUUCAGGGAACUUGACAAAGCUGACAGCCCUCUUCCUCUUUCGAAAUCAAAUUUCUAGUUCUAUUCCUCUGGAACUCGGGAAUUUAAUGAGUCUCAAUAUGCUAGCAUUGAGUCUAAACAGUCUGACUGGUCCGAUCCCUCCUGUUUUAGGUUCUAUCCCUCCUACUUUAGGAAAGUUAACCAAGCUUACCGUAUUGUCCGCUAUUUACUGUCAAUUAUCUGCCUCUCUGGCUAUUUUCCUCAGUUAUGCCAGGGCGGAUCUCUUCAAGUCUUCAGUGCUUAUGGCAACCAUUUCACUGGUGAGAUCCCAAAAAGCAUCAGAAAUUGCACUAGCUUAA